CAAAACGACAGCUGCUGAAGCUCGAAAAACGACGCCGUCUCACGGCCCUCUCUGCAUCUUCCAAACAAAUCAGAUUUCCCACCCUUCACAACAGACUCCACUACUUGAUCCCCAUCAACUCUUCAACUCUCUCUCUCCGAAAAUGUUGGAACCUUAAAAGAACCAACUUUCGAACGUUAAAAAAGAAAAAUUGGUCUAAUCGCCAAUGUCGGCGUCAUCGGAGAAGUGGCAGUGGGAAAACGCCACCGCUGGCGCCGUCGCAGGCUUUGCCACCGUCGCCGCCAUGCACCCUCUCGAUGUCGUCCGUACCAGGUUUCAAGUUAACGAUGGGAGAGUUUCGAAUAUUCCAACUUACAAGAACACCGCUAACGCGAUUUUCACCAUUGCUCGCUCCGAGGGCUUGAGAGGGCUUUACGCCGGAUUUUCUCCUGCAGUUCUUGGGUCGACAGUUUCAUGGGGUUUGUAUUUCUUCUUCUAUGAUAGAGCCAAACAAAGGUAUUCUAGAAACAGGGCAGAGAAACUAAGCCCUGGUCAUCAUCUUGCUUCUGCUGCAGAAGCUGGGGCUUUGGUUUGUUUGUGCACAAAUCCCAUUUGGCUGGUGAAAACAAGAUUGCAGCUUCAGAAUCCUCUUCAUCAGACUCGACCAUAUUCUGGGUUCUAUGAUGCCUUGAGAACCAUUAUGAGAGAGGAAGGAUGGAUUGCACUUUAUAGGGGGAUCGUUCCUGGGCUUUUUCUGCAGGUUUCUCAUGGUGCUAUACAAUUCACAGCUUAUGAGGAACUUCGUAAAGUCCUUAUUGACUUAAAGUCUGGGAAAAACACAGAAAAGUCCGGAAGUUCUGAUACACCUUUGAACUCAUUUGAUUACGCUGCUUUGGGAGCAUCCUCCAAGAUUGUUGCCAUGCUCCUGUCGUAUCCAUUCCAGGUCAUACGAGCUCGGUUGCAGCAACGACCUUGCAAUGAGGGAGUUCCAAGAUAUAUGGAUAGCCUGCAUGUCGUGAAGGAUACUGCAAGAUUUGAAGGUCUUAGAGGCUUUUACAGAGGCAUCACACCAAACCUCCUGAAAAAUGUUCCCGCAGCUUCAAUAACGUUUAUUGUAUAUGAAAAUGUCCUAAAUCUGUUAAAAUCGGCAAGAAGGAAGCAUUAAAUUGAUAAUUAUCAGAGUGAAUUUUGGUAUAAAAUUAUUUGCAAGUUUUUCAAUAUUUUA